UUUCCUAUUCUUGGUUCUGUUUAUCCUGUGUUGGGUUGGUUCGGUUUCGAAACUUUGGGGGACCUUUGGGUGGAUGGCGUCGUUUCAGAAACAGGUGGUCGAAGACGACGACGAGAGAAGGACAGCUGAUCUCAGAAUGGGCGGUGGAGAUGGUGAAGAAACAGUUGAUGAUACUAACGGAGAGGACGACGUAGACAGCGGUGGAAUUCCACCUUCUGAUCCACCAGCGGAGGUCGAACCAUUGCAACCACCAUCUUCUGCCCCUGAUGCGGUUCUAACGCAACAACCACUCCCGGCGGCGCCGUCGUUAGUCUUGUUAAAAGAAGAACCAACAGACGGAGAGCCAGAGUUGGAGGAGAGGCAGCACCCUCCCAUUGGGGUUGUACCGUUGGCGAUGCAGAUGCAGAUGCCUAUGCCCAUGCAGAUUAGAAAAUCAGUGACCCCAGGAAGAAGGGCGUCUACGAAAGACCGCCACACGAAGGUCGAAGGUCGAGGACGGAGGAUUCGGAUGCCGGCGACUUGUGCGGCCAGGAUAUUUCAGCUGACUCGAGAACUCGGUCAUAAGUCCGACGGUGAAACCAUACGGUGGCUCUUGGAACACGCGGAACCCGCCAUCAUCGCUGCUACAGGGACUGGAACAGUUCCAGCCAUAGCCAUGUCUGUGGGAGGGACUCUUAAGAUCCCAACAUCAUCUUCUAAUCCCGAAGGAGAGACGACGAAGAAGAAACGAAAGCGGGCAGCAACCAGCGAGUACUAUGAUGUUAACGAUGGAGUCUCCGUGUCUUCUGGUCUCGCUCCCAUUGGGGCGACAGCACUGGCUGCUGCACCACAAGGUCUUGUGCCCAUGUGGGCAGUGAGCAGUGGAGGAAGAGUUAUACCUUCCAACGCUGUGGCUGCAGGUGCUUUUUGGAUGAUUCCUCCCUCUACUGCCAUUGCAGGACCUUCUAACCAGCCGCAACUAUGGGCUUUUCCACCUGCCACACCACUCAUCAACAUCUCUGCGAGACCUAUCUCAUCUUUCAUAUCUGCUAUGCAGCCGGCUAUCAAUUUAACUUCUUCUCCUACUCCAGUUGAGGUGCAAAGUGCUCCGGUCUCCAACAACGCUACAGCUUCUGUCGUAGUAUCCUCAACACCAGCAAAAGCGGCCAAGACUUCAACCAUGGCUCCAAGUUCAAGUUCUACCACUACUACCCAGAUGCUUAGAGACUUCUCUUUGGAAAUCUACGAUAAACAAGAACUUCAGUUCAUGAGCCGUCCUGCAACUCAUCAAACACCUUCUCCGAAGCAGUAAAAGGGUGAAAAACUCUCAUGAAUCAGUAGAAUUUAGAACGUCAACCCUGCAAAGGAAAAAAAGGGUUAUUAUUACUAUUUUUUCCGUUAUCUGGGUUUAGUCACUCGAAGGGUUUUUAACUUCAAAUUUUUCUUAUUUUUCCAUUUUUAUUGGUUCUCUAGUUCAAAUCCUCCCUUCUUUGUUC